ACCGGGGAAGAGAAGACAGCCAAAUAUCGUGUGGUGUACAUAGUGCCGCAGUAUAACACACGUGAUUACUGUUCAUUCUCUGAUUGGGUAAUGACUCCCCCCCUCCCCCUGGUUACCAUGGAACGCAAAGCUGUUACUGACAUGGCGUCUUAGCAACGUGAGUGUGUCUCCGUGCUGCUGAGAAGGGCCGGGAGAAUGUCUCCUUCUCGUGGGGCCCCUGGUCUUACAGUCAUAGCAGUGGCGGUGGUGGUGGCCGUGACAAAGGCACAGACAUCAGUGGGUUUCUACCCUUCCACAAUCUUUAUGUCUGGACCAAGAGUGACAUCAUACCUUGUUACAAACUCAACCCUGCGCUUAUCCCUUACUGUCAUUACAAACUCCACUUCAGCAGCGGUGCAAACUUGUAGUGGGACAGACAGUACAGAGAACUGGUCCUCGACAUUGGUUGUUGUGAUGCUGCCAAAUGUAUCUAAAGUCAUGGUGAUUUCUAACAAGAAUCUGACUCUGUGUUCAGUGAAUGAAACAAAUUGUUGCACUGAGGUUCUGUGUGUUGUGGAAACUCUUCAAGUCACUGCCUGUGAGAAUAACACACCCAUCGCCUCGCAACUAAUUCACGCAGAAAUUUAUGUCAAUACUACGUUUGUUGGGACAGUGUCGGAUAAUAAAACAGUGAUUCCCAAUCAGAUAUACCAACCUCUAGGAUCAUGUCCGUGUAACCUAACAAGUGGGGCGUGUGAUAUCCUCUGCUGCUGUGAUCAGGAAUGCAACGCAAGCAUGAGAAAUCUGUUUAACGGAUCCUGUUACUCGGGUAUUUUUGGUGGAAAUGUCUCCCCACCUUUUGACCAGCUCUGUAGCGUCCAAGAAAAGAACCACGCUCCUGACUGGUUUCCUUUCCUGUGUGUCCAGUCCUCCAUGGACAAUUCACCAUUUCUAGGCUAUUUCUACCAGGGAUAUACAGAGAUCCCCUCCCAGGCGCCAUCUUUCAAUCUGAGCUUCCAGUCUAUUUAUGAAAGCACUCUCGGCACUUAUAAACAAGGGGAUGCCAUUUUAAUAAAUCUUAAUGGUUUCAGUGACUACUUUACAAUCCCUCAGCAAUCUGGGAUUGGGACAUGUGUGGGCUACGCCCCUGUGACUUAUCUACAGGAUUUCAACACUACAUGUGUUUCGUAUAUAACGACAUGCUCAGAUGUUCUGACUCUUGACUUGAAUCCAGUGAUAACAAAUGGAAAUGGAGGUACUGUUUCUCUCAUAGUACACAUGCAAAAUAUUACCAUGGACAUCCCUGCUACAGGGGCCGCCCUGCCUCAAAGUGUGCAGUGUGACGUGAUUGUGUCAGCUGACUACGUAGUUAUUUGGGAAGCCACCGGCAUAAAAGAAAUACAGGUCACCAUUGUAACUGCAAACAUCAGUCUCACGCAUCAAGCAAAACUAUCACAAAGAUUUUCUGCUACAUUUCUCAGCAACAACAGUUCAUCAGAUGUCCUCUCUGGAAAUCCAGGUUACCAAGUUGGCAAGCCUGUAAUAGCCGCCAAUGGUAGUGUACCAUUUGUUAGAAGUACUUUGGAAGUCUGGAAACCUGGUGGGGAUAGCUCUUGUUCUGCAGUUACUCAGACACCUGUUUUGUUUGGACAAAACUCAUUUUCUGGAUGUCUCUUAAAUGUGGUCAACGAGAAUUGCACACAGCUAAGGGAGAAUGUAGCUGCCUUUCUGAAGUCACUGCUUACUGUUGAUCAUGUAUCAAUGAGAGGCAAUUCUAACGUCAGUGAUCCAAGUGAAUGGGUAUCUAUCAUAUUUGAAUCCAAUACAACAUGUACAGGGGACUGUGUCAUAGAAAAUGCAGUAUGCUUAAAGGUUCCAGCUAACAUGAACAUUCAGAUCAUAACCGCUGUGACGGGUGUGGUGGAGGGAAUUCCUCAGGAAGAGGUUCUAGCAGCCAAAGUUAAUUUCUCAACUAUUAACAUAAAUUGUGUGUCUGCCUGUAACUUGUCACUUCCAUUGACAACCUCCGUUCAGUUUAUCAAAGUUCCAGCUCAGCCGCCUCCUGCCAUCACAAGAUUCCAGAUGACAUACACAGAAUAUGAUUGUGAGAAGAAUGACGUGUGCUGGCAGAAACUCGCUUAUCCCCUGACAAAGUACUACACAGGAGAACCGUAUCAUUUGACUCUGGCUAAAGGAAUGAUCCUAGUCUUUUUCUUUAUCAGCGCUGCUGUGUUGGGAGAUCCAUGGAACAGAAUACGUAAAGCAUGGAAUAGAACUACACUUUAAAUGAAGUUGACUCCUAAUUAUUAUUAUUUUUUGCAAAUAUUGGUGUGCGUUCUCUUUCUGGAAUGUAAUGGUGUAAAUAUUUGUAAUGUUUUGGAUACUUUUAUAAAGUGCAUUUUCACAGCUUACAAUGAAAUAUUUUAGAUUUCUUUCCUAAA